AUGAGGUCUUUGCCGUCUCUGCAACUCCGGCGACUCCUUCUCCGCUCUCUCUCCACCUCCGCCUCUCCUUCUCCAACCUUCAACCAAACCCCCGUCCCAUUUCUCUCAACCAACCCCACCCGCCAUGCCCCCAAUCCAAUCACCACCUCUCACUUCCCCUCUCUUCCCCGUUUCUCUCUCACCUCCAAACCCUUCUCAUCUUCUUCUUCCGAACCCCAGUUAGCCCAAUCCAUCUCCUCUCACCUUCUCCAUCAACCACAACCCGAAUGUGCUGACGUCACCAAAACCCUCCAAUCAAGCUUCCCCAACGUCACCCCUACCCCUUCUCUGGUUCUCUCCGUCCUCAAUCUCUCCGCCGAAGCCGGCCGCGCCGUUCUAGGCUUCAACCAAUGGCUCAUCCACAACCCGAGGUUCGACCACACCGACGAAACCCUCUCCUACUUUGUGGACUAUUUCGGCCGGAGGAAGGAUUUCAAAGCCACCCAUGACGUCAUUCUCAGUUCCCGUGACGUCGCCGGGCCGAAAACCCUGGCUGCCUCCAUUGACAGGCUGGUGAGAGCUGGGAGGCCGGCGCAGGCGGUUUCGAUGUUUGAGAAGAUGGAGGAGGAGUAUGGGAUCAAGAGGGACAAGGCGGCGCUGAGAUUGGUUGUUGAGAAGCUUUGCGAAUACGGAUUUGCGAGUAAUGCUGAGAAGAUGGUGAAAGGUUUGGUGAAUGAGUUUUUCCCUGAUGAGUAUAUGUGUGAUUUGCUUAUUAAGGGGUGGUGUGUGGAUGGGAAGCUUGAUGAGGCUAGGAGAUUGGCUGGGGAGAUGUAUAGGGGAGGCUUCGAGAUUGGGACUAGUGCUUUCAAUGCUAUUCUGGAUUGUGUUUGUAAGCUUUGCAGGAAGAAGGACCCGUUUAGGCUGCAUUCCGAGGCGGAGCAGAUCUUGGUGGAUAUGGACUAUCAUGGGGUGCCGAGAAAUGUGGAGACUUUCAAUGUGCUGAUUACUAAUUUGUGUAAGAUUAGGAAGACCAACGACGCGUUGAAUUUGUUUCAUAGGAUGGGGGAGUGGGGGUGUUCUCCGAACGAGACUACCUUUCUUGAACUGACCAGGAGCUUGUAUCAGGCAGCUCGAGUUGGGGAGGGAGAUGAAAUGAUUGAUAGGAUGAAAUCAGCAGGGUUUGGGGAGGCUCUUGAUAAGAAGGCCUAUUUUGGGUUUCUGAAGAUUUUGUGUGGCAUUGAGAGGAUUGAUCAUGCUUUGUCUGUUUUCAAGAAGAUGAAACAGGAUGGAUGUGAGCCCGGGAUCAAAACUUACGAUCUGCUGAUGGGAAAGUUGUAUGCUCAGAACCGUGCUGAUAGAGCCACUGCCCUGUUUAAUGAGGCGCAAAAGAAAGAGGUGCCUGUGACACACAAGACAUACCAGGUGGAUUCCAAAUACUUGAAGAAGCCGAAGGCUAAGAAGGAAAAUACGAGGGAAACCCUUCCUGAGAAGAUGGCAAGGAAGAGGAGGCGUCUUAAGCAAAUCCGAUUGAGCUUCGUAAAGAAGCCCAAAAAAGGGAUGCGCCGAGCCUACUGAUGUUUUAAAAGUUGGAAUGAACACAUUUGCAUGAGGAAUGAUAGUUUGAUCAGUUCCAAAUUUUUUUGAUGUUUCAUGUUGUUGACUUUGCUCUUUUUGUGCUUUCAUAGUAUUGUUUGAGUUUGUGACAUUAGAAAUAAAAUAUUUCCGUCUAAACUUGUGCCAGACCGUAUUGUACUGCUUAUCUAUCACUAACUAAGUAUACCACAGAAGUGGCAGUUAAGUCUUUGCACACGAGGAGACUGUUGAUGGGAAUGACCGCAUUCUAACUCUUACGAGGACCUUUCAUGGAAAGAGAACCAGUUUUUGAGGU